AUGGACAUACCUGCUAACGAAUCCGGGAAGAAGAUGGCGGCGAGCUUGGCCUUGGAGGUGUCGAUAGCGUGGGUCAGAGAGGAGGUUGAGGACGGGAGCGGAUGCAAGUCUGGGAGCCGAGGGCGCGGACGAGAGCGGAUGUGGGUCUGGGAGCCGAAGGGGCUGACGGGAGCGGAUGCGGGUCUGGGAGCCGAGGGCGACGUUGCAUAUAUAUGUCUUCAAAAUUUGGCCAUCGAGAUAGAAAGGAAAGAAACAGAGAAGGCUGAGCAGAUGGAUCAAGUAAAUAUUCAUGUUAGCAAACACACCAUAGAUAGAAGAUGGUUGCUUGAAGGAAUGACUGCUCUUGUCACUGGUGGAACCAAAGGCAUCGGAUGUGCUAUUGUGGAGGAAUUGGCGAGGCUAGGUGCAACGGUCCAUACUUGUGCUUGGAAUGAAGUCCAACUCAAUCAGCGAUUGAGUCAAUGGAAGACCAAGGGUUUUCAUCAAGUCACUGGUUCGGUCUGUGAUUUGGUCUCAAAGCCCCAACGAGAGGAGCUCAUGUACAAGGUCUCAUCAUUGUUCGAUGGGAAACUAAACAUCCUUAUAAACAAUGCGGGAACCAAUAUAUCAAAGCCCACAGCUGACUACACAGCUGAAGAUUACUCAUUUCUUAUGGGAACCAAUCUUGAAUCUUCUUACAAUAUGUGCCAACUCGAACAUCCUCUCCUCAAAGCUUCAGGAGCUGGUAACAUUGUUCUUAUAUCUUCUAUUGCUGGUGUGGUAUUAGUUGGGGGAUGUGGUAGUAUCUAUUCUGCCAGUAAAGGAGCAAUUAACCAAUUGGCAAAAGUCUUGGCUUGCGAGUGGGGAAAAGACAAGAUUAGGAUCAACAGUGUCGCACCUGGGUUCAUACGAACUCCCUUGACUGAAGAUAUUCUCAAUAACCAAACGAUGCUUGAGGCGAUUAACACUCGAAUACCUUUAGGCCGCCCUGGCGAGCCGGAAGAGAUUUCUUCCUUUGUGACAUUUUUGUGCAUGCCUGCAGCUUCAUACAUAACUGGGCAGACUAUUUGCAUUGACGGAGGGAUGACUGGUAAUGGCGUAAGCUUAUGUCGUCAAGGUUAG